AUGGCAUCUCAGGCUUCUUCAGCCUCCGUCUGGAAAACUGACUCUACCGAAAAAAUUGAGAGUUCAGCUCCAAGUAGCAUCCAACUAUUAGAUACUUUUGAAAAUUCAAGUAGCAACACAGGAUCUACUGCUGAACCAAACCACUCUGAAAGCGAAGAGACUACUGGUGCAAAAAAGGAAGUCACGAUUCUAUCCGAGGAAGAGCAAGUUCAGUUUGCCAUCAAGGAAACCGGAGCCUGGAGUGUAGUUAAGGGCAGGGAAAAGAAAAGUCGUGGUAAUGCAAGCGAUGAUAUGGAUCCCUCAAAAGUUCGAGUUGCAACGCAUGCAGCUCCCAUCUCAAAUAGCCCAGCGAUAACUUCCCAGCCAUUAGAUACGCCUCGCCCAUUACCUAACAUAAGGCCAGUUCCAACAGAGGAAACCUUGUCAGAAGAUUCAGAAUGGGAGGUCUCUUGA